GUUACUCUUGACGCCGGCGAGCCGGAGCAGCAGGAGCGUGGUGCCAACGGCCAUGGGGCGCCACGGGGCGAAUUGGUGAAGUGAAGGAGCUCGUCGAGAGCAGCAGCAGCAAGAGGAGGAGCCCGUCGAUUGGCGGAUCGGGUGCAUUGCGGCAAAUGCCCCAUUUCGGAUUCUGUUCUACGCUCGCAGCUGCUGCAGUCUGGGGGGAGCCGUCCGUGGGCAGCCCCACAUGUUGUGCCCUGCCGCUGGGUCUCGGGAAGCAGCUCAGGAAGCGAAACCUGUCGCGCAUUGUUCCCUCCGCAUUGCUUCUGUCCGUGCCCCCCAUUAUGAGGGGACUUCGAAAUGCUGCGGAUUUCCCCGAGCCUGGGCACAAUUGGAAACCUUACAGUGCUGGUGCAGGAGGAGCGGGCCGAGGUGGAGGACUUAUUGCGCCAGAGCAACACCAGCAGCCAAGAGGAGGAGGAGGAGGAGCAGCAGCAGCAGCAGCAGAUGAGAGGGUGGGAGGGUGGAGAGAUAGGCGCAGGUCCAGAGAUGAGUACGUUGCUAAUGGCGCUAAUUCGUUUCGGAAUCCUCGAUUGGAGGGCCGCGGCGUUGCUGGUGGUGGAUCCUCUCGGGGGAGGUUUGAGGGCAGAGAUCGUCAUGGGAUCAGAGGCCCGGGUGACGAGAAACGUCCGCGAGGUUCCCGAUCUCGUCCUGUCACAGACGAGUACCGAUACUGGUGUUCUGCUGUGACCGAGCUCCCUGAUGUCCGUGACAAAUUUGUGAUGGUCUCGUAUAAUAUCUUGGCCGAUAAGAAUGCUGCCGAACAUUACAAUGGCCUGUAUUAUCACAUUCCUUGGAGGCUUAUGAACUGGGUGAGGCGGAAGAGUAAAAUCGUGCAUGAGCUAGGCCUGUGGUCUCCAGAUGUCAUGUGUUUACAGGAGGUGGACCAGUAUGAAGACAUCCGGGAAGAGUUUGAGAAGAGAGGUUACCAGGGCACUUACAAGGGCCGCACAGGAGGAGCACUUGACGGUUGUGCUAUAUUCUGGAGGUCUAGCAGGUUCCGGUUGCUAGAUGAACAAAGUAUACAGUUUGACACUCUUGGGUUAAGGGAUAAUGUUGCACAGCUGUGUGCGUUACAGAGUAUUGGGGUCAGGGAAAACAUGCCUUCAAACAUCGAAGUUGAUCUGCCAGAUUCUGGGUCCUCAGGAAAUGUUGUUAUAGUGGGCAACAUCCACGUGCUUUUCAACCCCAAGAGAGGUGACAUCAAGCUAGGCCAGGUGCGUGUCCUUUUAGAAUCAGCCCACGCUCUUUCUCAAAAGUGGGGUGAAGCCCCCGUUGUGAUUGGUGGAGAUUUCAACAGUACCCCAUCAAGUUCCAUAUACCAAUAUUUGGCCAAAUCCGAGUUGGACAUUUCCUGUUUGAGUAGACUGAAUCUUUCCGGGCAAGUGGAGGCCAAUGACGGUGGUUCUUGGAAUUCGCAAGGUACAUCAGGAAGAUGUUUGCAACCUGCAUGGGAAAAUGUGGCCUAUCGGUCUGUCCAGUCAAAUUUCGCUCAAUCAUUGGGUCCAGUUGUAGACCCUGACUUCGUGUCCUUCUCUGAGAUCACCACGAAUCGUCAGGAAUACACAACCUGGAGUGCGGAUGGCACAGAGAUGUCCCCUGCAGAGUCUAGGAGAAGUCUAGACUCCCCGUUAAACAAGCUCGUCAAAGUAUGGCAUUGGACACCUGAAGAACUUACAGCGGCAACCGGCAGCUUGGAUGUGACAACAGUUCGCCACAAUUUGCGACUUCGCAGCGCUUACACGGAGAUUGAGGGCGAAGUUGGAUGCAGAGAUCCACAGGGCGAGCCACUGGUCACUACGUAUCAUAAAAAGUUUAUGGGCACUGUCGACUACAUCUGGCACACUGAAGGGCUUGAUACAGUGAAGGUACUCGAUACCUUACCAGUGAACGUGUUGCAGCGUUGUCAAGGCCUUCCUUCACAGAAGUGGGGGAGUGAUCAUUUGGCUCUGGCUUGUGAGCUUGCUUUCCAUCCCAGUGGGGCCUCCUAAGUAUCUUGGGACAUGUAUAUAAACUUCUGGACUAAGACAGUGGGUAUGGUUGUCCUGAUAACCUACUCGUGAGGAAUCAGAGAUGUCAAACCAUCUUUAGUUUUUGGACCCAAAUCCACGCCAACUUGGUGACUUGAAACCAUGUAGGAAUAUCACCAGCCUGCAGAUUUUGAGCUUGUCUGUCCUCCUGCAUUGCAAGCAUAGGAUAUGUACAUACUCCCAUACAAUUGAUAUUCAUGUGGAUCUCCCAAUGACCUCUACUCAUGUGGGAUCAGACUCUUUAAUCUUGUCUGGUCCUCACCGGUCAAAUUCUUUCAUCCAUCCCGAAGACACAAUAGCACCAGGAAUUUCAGGCACUGCUUUGUGAUUGUGAGUUGAAAUUCAUUUUUUCUCACAAGAACUAUAGGAUACGAACACUUUUCACGGGAUUGAACCCUUUGCAUGGAUGUACUGACGAGAGACCAGAAUUUCCACCGUGAUCUCUUUAUUACUGGUCUCAUCCUCGAUCGUACUGAAGGUGGAACAGUGAAUAUGUAAAUAUAGGAGUAGUUUGGUAUCCUGGGCUCGCCAUCUUCUGAUGUUCCCAUUUCUCUACCAUGUAAUAUGCGAUUCCCCUCUCUGCGAUGCAAAGGAGAAGUUCUGUGCAAGGACAUAAACUUCCACUUGAGUGGGAAUGUUUUCUCUUGCUCCAGACUUCUCCAUUUAUAUUUGUCCUGACGCUUUC